UGUAAGAUCUGCCUUUUAAAACAGAAAGACAAAAUUUAGAAAUAUUUUAUCUACGAGGAAGCGUCACUAAGAUGAUACUGUUAAAUUUGCUUUUCGUGAUCUUGGAUUUACUCAACCAUGGUGUGACCGGUGUUCAUGCAGUUCUUGUGUCGGUGUCCGUGACAGAGGGAGAUUCAGUUACUCUACACACUGGAGUUAUAAAACAACAGCACGAAGACAUCGAAUGGUAUUUUAAUAACACUAAACUUGAUGCAGAUGUCAGUGAUAUGUGUACAGAUGUUCAGUGUAAUGAAGGCACUGAGAGAUUCAGAGACCGACUGAAGCUGGACCGUGAGACUGGAGCUCUGACCAUCAUGGACAUCAGAAACACACACUCUGGAGUUUAUCAACCAGUCAACGGCGAUAAGGAAAAGACCUUUAUUGUUACUGUGCAUGUUGAUCCUGAUGCUCAUCGUAAUCAAGCAAACAAAACCCAGGGAGAAUCUGUCUCUUUUAAUCCUGGCAUAAGAAGAGACCUAAUUGAUGUAAUGAAGUGUUUUUUUAAUGAUAUUCUCAUCACUGAGAUCACUAGAGUUCAGAGUCAGAGCUGCGCAGAUGUCCAGUGUAAAGAGAGAUUCACAGACCGACUGAAACUUGACAAUCAAUCUGCAUCUCUGUCCAUCAUGAACAUCAAAAGCACAGACUCUGGAGAUUAUACAUCAGAGAUUGUCAUCAGCAGUGACAGACGCUUCAGCAUCACCAGAGAGAAGACAUUUAGUCUUACUGUCGUCUCUCCUCCACCUUCACAUCUGUCUGGAGGUGCAAUAGCAGGAAUAGUUGUGCUGGUUGUUGUCAUCAUUGCUGCUGUUGUUGCUGGUGUGAUUUACUAUCGCCAACAAGAAAUAUCAAGCAGCAGCACAGGAUGUAAGUAUUACACACAACUAAAUUAACAAGAUGUGAAAUAUUCUGAACAAAACUCUAAUUGGUAUUUAAAGGUAUAGUGUACCCAGAGAUGAACAUUCCCCCCAUCAUUUACUCACCUUUGACUUGCUCCUGUUGGAGUUUCUUUAUUCUGUUGAACAUAAAAGAUGACGAACUGAAGCAUGUUGGAAAAAACAGUCGUUGCCCUCCAGUAGGAAAAACAAAUAUGGAAGUUAAUAGUUACAGGUUUGCAACAUUCUUCAAAAUAUAUUCUUUUGUUUUUAAAGGAACAAAGCAAUUUUGGUUUGGAACAAGUCAGGGGUGAGGUAAACUAUGCCUAUUGAUACAUUUUUAUAUUAUUAUUAUUAUCAUUCUUAGUAGUAGUAUAGCAGUACUAGUGGUGUGUAUUAUACAUAAUAUAUAUAUCCUGUAUCCUGUUGCACUGUAGAAGCUCUGUCACGAAAACAAAUUCCUCGUAUGUGUGAACAUACCUGGCAAUAAAGCUCUUUCUGAUUUCUGAUUCUGAUAUUUAUGUAGGAAGUAACAUUUUAUGGCUAUACUGUAGUGUAAGGGAUUUUCUGCAGAUUGAUUACAGAUUUUAUUUGAAUACAAUUGAAAAAAUGUAAAGGGAAAAAAGUAGUCCAUAAACAACAGCAGGAAAGAAAUCUAAGAUGUCUUAAUCAUGUUUAA